AUGAGCACGACAGACCCCGCACAGCAAGUGGGACCGCGCCCCGCGCUUCUUCUCGCCGUAGCGACACAGCAGCAUCUCCUCUCCGAGCUCUUCACGGUGCUGCAGGCAACUUCAUCCGCGCCCAACGCAGACGCGCUUCCCGCCCUCCAUGCCGGACUGGUACAGAGCUCAGAGCGGCUGGACCAGCUCUCCGCCGAGCUCAAGGUUCACCAGGCCGCUUAUGCUGAGAUGCUUGCGAAGCAGAAGAAGGCAAAGGAGCUCGAGGACGAGAUCCGCUCUGUCAUUCGCGAACUCCACGGAGCCAAGGUCGACCUCGAGGAGGUCGUGAAUGAGGGCGCCAAGGUGCGAGAAAGCAUCGAGCAGAGUGAGAAGGAUCCCGUCAGCGUCGAUCAGCUCAUCGCGCACGCGCACGCACUCGCCAAGACGACGAGCGCACCUGUGUCUUCCUUACUUGCGCCGGUCGACAAGGCGGCGGCUACGCCGUGGCCGAACGAGGCGGCUAUGCGUCAGGGACUUUUGUUCCAGCUCGAGGGAUCGAUGUCUGGUGUCGGCGACGUGGGCGUCGUUGGAGACGUUACUGCCCCGGAACCAGCGCAGCCUGCGCCCCAGGUCGUGCACGAGGAGCCUGGACGACGAUACGACCCCGGUGCCGUGUUCCAGCUCGACCUCAACAGCGACGACUCGGACGACGAUUAG